AGGUGGAGGAGGAGACUUAUAUUGAUAUGGGGGUGGAGGAGAGGGUGAUGGAGGCGGUGGAGAUUUAUAAAAUAUGGAGGAGGAGGAGAUGGGGAAGGCGGAGGUGGAGAUUGGUAAUAGUAUGGUGGAGGAGGGGAUGGAGUUGGCGGGGGAGGUGAUUUGUAGUAGUAUGGUGGUGGAGGUGAAGGAGAUGGGGGAGGGGGGGACUUAUAAUAAUAAGGAGGUGGAGGAGAGGGUGAUGGUGGUGGUGGAGAUUUAUAAUAGUAUGGUGGUGGAGGAGAAUGUGCUGGCGGGGGAGGUGAUUUAUAGUAAUAUGGAGGUGGAAGUGAAGGGGAUGGGGGAGGAGGAGACUUAUAAUGAUAUGGAGGUGGAGGAGAAGGUGAUGGUGGUGGGGGAGACUUAUGAUUAUAUGGUGGAGGAGGAGAUGGGGAUGGUGGGGGUGGUGAUUUAUAGUAGUAAGGGGGAGGUGGGGAGGGAGAUGGAGGAGGAGGGGAUUUAUAAUAAUAAGGAGGAGGUGGAGAGGGUGCUGGUGGCGGUGGUGACUUAUAGUGGUAUGGUGGAGGAGGAGACAAAGAUGGUGGAGGCGGUGAUUUAUAGUAGUAUGGCGGGGGUGGGGAAGGAGAUGGAGGGGGAGGAGACUUAUAAUAAUAAGGAGGUGGAGGAGAUGGUGACGGUGGUGGUGGUGAUUUAUAAUAGUAUGGAGGAGGCGGUGAUGGUGAUGGAGGAGGUGGGGACUUAUAGUGAUAAGGAGGUGGAGGAUAAGGAGACGGUGGUGGUGGUGAUUUGUAGUGGUAUGGAGGUGGGGGUGAAGGGGAUGGUGGGGGAGGAGAUUUAUAGUGAUAUGGAGGUGGAGGAGAAGGUGAUGGUGGUGGCGGUGAUUUAUAGUGGUAUGGAGGAGGUGGAGAAGGAGAUGGUGGUGGUGGAGAUUUGUAAUGGUAUGGUGGGGGCGGAGAUGGUGAAGGUGGUGGUGGUGAUUUAUAGUGGUAUGGAGGAGGUGGAGAAGGAGAUGGUGGUGGUGGAGAUUUGUAAUGGUAUGGUGGAGGGGGAGAUGGUGAAGGUGGUGAUGGUGAUUUAUAAUGGUAUGGAGGAGGUGUGGAAGGAGAUGGUGGUGGUGGGGAUUUGUAGUAAUAUGGUGGAGGAGGCGAUGAAGAUGGCGGAGGUGGAGACUUAUAGUAAUAGGGAGGCGAAAUAGAUUUUGUUGGUGGUGGCGGGGAUGUAUAGAUAUAUGGUGUAGAAUCUGCAUUAACCACUAUACCUAUCAAGCACACCAC